GUGUCGGGAACUUUAAUAGCAGCCAAUAUUUUACAACAUGCCAUUGACAUGUGACGUUUGUUUAUCAACAAGAUAAGACCGGUGCUUUUCCGGAGACAUCAGCAGAAUUGAAGAUGACAGAAAAUGGAGACGAAAAUCCCAAAAAGGCCCGACUAGAAGACGAUCCUUUCAGAUGGCCCGGGUACACGGGCGAAGCCUACCCAGAACUGUGUGACAUUCGUGCAAUGCCCCCGCAACCUAAAGAACUAAAGCCCGGACAACUGAAGGAAGACCUGAUUAGGCAAUAUUUUGAGGAGGGUUAUUUGAUCAUAAAGGAUUUUUUCACGGAUGACGAACUCCAGGCAUGUAGAGAUGAUUUAGAGGACGAAGUUGAUAAACUAGCAAACAAGCUGUACAAGGCAGGGAAAAUAAAAAAUCUGUACGAGGAAUACGAUCUUGAUCAUCGUUUGAUUAAGAUAGAUGAAGAGUUCCCUGGAGCGGUCAUUUUGCUGCACAAAAUCGGCCGUUUACCCCCAUCCUUUAGGAAACUAUGGGGUAACGAGAGACUUUUAAAUCUAAUGGAACAGCUGAUUGGUCCAGACAUUGCGGGGAUGCCAAACUGGAAUCUGCGCGAUAAGACACCUCACAACGAGGCCACGACAGUUCCAUGGCAUCAAGAUGCAGGAUAUCUGUCCACAGACAUUUACAAAGUCUUUAUGCCUACAGUUUGGAUCCCAUUUGUCAACACAAACAAAAAGAAUGGUUGCAUGGAGGUUAUACCAAAAGGUCAUUUAAGUGGAAAGGUCGCAGUCCACCAGUGUUGUGCUGGGGACACGUGGUAUAUCAUGCUAGAGGACGAGGAAAUGAAAAAGAGGCUGGGUUGCUCAACAAAAGAUGCGGUUGUGUGUGAAAUCCCUUACGGAGGUUUUCUACUUUUCAAUAAUUUCAUUCCUCAUCGAAGUCUUGACAACAAAUCGGACCACGUCCGCUGGAGUGUCGAUCUAAGAUUCAAAGUUCCAGGCGAAAAUAACGGGAUGUUUGGGCUCAAACCUGAUGUCAUAAUGCGCAAGAAAGAGAAACCCGGCAUGGAAAUCGACUGGGACACCUUUGAUUCUCUAAACAGAACGGAGCUCCAGAUGAAAUCCGUCAAAGAUAUCGUUGACGUGAAAGAUGACCAAGAAUUCGACACAACCGUGCAGGGACCCUGGAUGAGGAAAUGGGAGAUAACUCACAUUAAUACGCACGUCAAAAAGCACCAGCAGACGGAAAAAUCAAAGAGCUGAAGACAAUGUGUAGUGUUCUGUCUCUCUCUUAAAAACUCUGAAUGUGUGCAAUCAGCCAUAGGACAUGAUUGACAGUUGGAUCAUUUUAACCUUCUUUCAAUACAUUCCAUGUACACUAAUCUAUUGAGAUAUAAAGAUAUGAAACUAUAUAUAAAAUGGGUUGAUAAAAAUAAAGGUACUAGUAAGUUGAUUAUGGGAAAGAAAAGUUUUAUCAUUUUUAAAAACAUUUGUUAAAUAUGCAUGCUUGAAAAGAUAUGAAACUGUGUAAGUGAGUGGAUAAAAAUAAAAGUUUAUUGAUUAUGGGAAAGAA